GUGGCGUCACAGCGUGCGGGCGGCGCUGCCCGUGGCCGAGGGCGCCGGGCCAUGGCCUCGUCCGUGGUGCGCGCCACGGUGCGCGCCGUCAGCAAGCGCAGGAUCCAGGCGACCCGCGCAGCCCUCACGCUGGUCAGUGCCGCGGGCGGGCAGCGGGCGGGACGCGGGGACCGCGGCACCUCGCGGACCCCUUCUGCUGUUCAGAAGAUAAAAGAGCUUCUGAAAGAUAAACCUGACCAUGUAGGUGUGAAAGUAGGUGUUCGUACAAGGGGAUGCAAUGGACUUUCUUACACAUUAGAAUAUUCAAAAUCAAAAGGAGACUCUGAUGAAGAAGUAGUUCAAGAUGGGGUUAGAGUGUUUAUUGAAAAGAAGGCACAGCUGACACUUCUAGGAACUGAAAUGGACUAUGUAGAAGACAAAUUGUCCAGUGAAUUUGUCUUCAAUAAUCCAAACAUCAAAGGAACGUGUGGCUGUGGAGAAAGCUUUAACAUCUGAAAUCUCAGGAUUACUUCUUUGACUUUGAGCAGCCUAAAACACUUACUAUUAUGACUUUCAGAAGCAAAUGCAUUUUCUUCAGGUUUGUAGGCUGCGUAAAGUGGGGAUACUAUUAAGAAAAAUAAAGUUACAUAUUUGAAAAUAUAAGCUGUGUGUUAAAUUCCACCACUGAUGUAGUUAUGGUGUAAUUUCUGAUGAAUUGGGAUCUCAAAGGUAAGAACAGUAAGUGCUGCAGUAACAUCUCUGUACUUCCACUUGCCAAGGAAAUAAAAUUUCGCUGUUCUUUUCCUCUGUCAUUUUCUUUGUCAAUCCUACUCAUACUUCCCCAUUCAAAACUCAUUUGAAAGAAUACAUUGUGUUCUGCUUUGAUUUGGGGAAAACAAACAAACCAAUGAACAAAAAAUCAUAACCAUUUCUGUGUGAGUAUUUAUAAAGAUAUAUAUAUACAAGCACACAGUCCUUGCUUACUUUGUACUUUUUCAGUGCUUUCAUCUUUUUACAAGUGCAUUUUCUGGGGUUUAUUUUCCCUUAAAUUCAGGGAAAUAAAAAUGUUGUUCAUGUAGUAAUAUUGUUGUAGGCUGUGGUAGCGCCUGUUGUAGAAAUGCUUGGAAGAGGGUUAGCCUAAUUUUAAUUAUUUUCCUUUCUUUGUUGAAAGCAUAGUCCAUGCUGUACUUGGUCAUUUUCAAAGCAUGAAGUAUCUGGGUACAGGAGGGCUAAAAAGUGAUACGCAGGCCUUGUUUUUCACAUUUCAGUUUUUUAUCUUGCCCCAAUUAAGUUGCAAAGGUGGUAAAACUGCUUUUACAUUCUUAUUCCCCAUGUUCACAGAAUGUGCUGUGUUUGCACCAAAACCUAUGAAAACUUAUUGAGAGACAAAUCUCAGAUUUCUUAUUACUUCUUUUUUCUCUAAUCAUGUAUGCUACUAAUUUUGUUAGAGUUUGAACUCUUUUUCAUAACUCUUAUUAGUAGAAUUUUUUCGCCAAAGUUUGUGUUUAACUCCUGGCUUGGAUUUAACUUGAUAACAGGAGAAAAAUAAUUUUUAAUUAGAAAAAACCCUUAUUUCAUAUUACUUUUAAAUUAAUCUAGGCAGUAAUUAAAAUAAUCUAAGAGGCCAUUUUUUCUUUGGAAUUUACUUAAUCAGAAUUUUGGUUUUGUAAACAAAUGUCUUUCAAGCUUACACAAUCUGCAGCAGUUCUUCACUGGUGCUGGUACAGAAGUGUAAUGUCUCUCCAGACCUUCCCAAAACCUGGUAUGAGAGAGGAGCUGUUCCACUCUUUUAUCUCCUCAUUGUCCAGAGAUGCCAUUGUGCAGCUCAGGUGUUCACUUGUGCAGAAUAGAAGGUAACAUGUCUGCUUGAGCAACAGAUUUGAACAGCUGGUGAAAAUGGUGCAAAUAAAAAGUAGGAGGACAGCAGGAGUCUUGUAGAUGUUGAGAUGGGAAUGAUCUGAGAGCAUUAAGGCUGUGUGUUGAAAAUCCACAGGUCAUCUUGAUGUGGGCAGUUGUACCCCACAUGCCUGUCACCAACUUCUGUAGGUGUAGGAUUGCACCUACGUUUUGGUUCUUCCCUCUACACCUUUUCCCAGGGCAAAGGGAAGAAUAAAAAUUAAAAAAUAAAAAAUUACACUUCAUGUGUUUUAUGUAGUGCACAGGAACAGAAGGUCAGAAUUACUUACAGUCUAAUAGUAAAUACUCGAAUUUUGGUUGUAUAUCAUCUUUUGAUGUAAAGACACUAUUUCCUUCAACAGUCAACUGUUGCACACAGCUACUAUAUAUAGUGAUUCAGGAAUUAGUGGUAAUACACUGGUGAAGUGCUUCUGUAGUGAUGUAACUCACUCCUGCCAAACAAAAACAAGGAGUUCAUGUGAUAAGUUGCAUUACAUCUAAAACUCCAAGCUAAGGGCAUUUCUUCAGAUUGCAUUUCUCUGCUUCUUGCUAGAGAUAAGACUUUGAAUGUGGUAACACUGGUGGUUGCUAAGAGUGCUGGUACUCAUUUAACUUGUUUUGGGGCAGAGCACAUUGGUUUGAGGUUUAUUUUAGACCUGUGGCAUGUAUAGUAAUCCUUUUUGUGUUUGUGUAUGCCUUGAAUGAAAGUUUGCACUUUUGUACUCCCAUGAAGUAAUUGUCUUAAAUUGUCACCUUACUAAGACAACUAAUGCACAAUGUGUUAAACUUCUGCUAAAGUGCUAUUUACAGUUGCAUACAAACUGUAUGGUUUUGUUGAUUGGUCCAUUAUAAUUUUAUGCAACAAUGUGUGUAGAGUCCUCAAUUAUAAUAAAUAUAGCCUGUUGGUAACCAUGAAA